AUGAGGAGAAACCCACAAAGGAUUCAGGAAGAGGAAAAUAUUUCCUCGCCUCUGGCAGACUUGUCUUCGAAAGUCCACGAUCAGAAAAAAGAUACACUCUUUAUGUGGGGCAAGAAGGAAAAAAUCUUGCAGCGAUUCGACGAGAAACACAAAGGUCGUACUAGUGUGAUAGUCGUUCCGCGAACACGAUGUUUUUGUUCAUGGGAUUCAGUCAUCGCUACGGCCCGACGGAAGAACCAACUACGUUUCCUCCGUGACUGCCUCGACGAGCAGGUACUCCCUUCCUCCAUCUCUAAUGUACUGAAACAUUCUGAGGAAGGAUCUCCCUUUCCGGACUGUGCACGUUCUCUCCUCCUUGAACGCAUUCGUGCUGGCAGGAGGGACGUCGAGCAUGCCUUCUACCGUUCACGAGCAAGUUCGAACUUCCUGGAGGAGCGGCUCCCCAGACAUAUCUUCCAGCUCAUGUCCGACGUUGCUCAUGAUUCUUCCCGGUCCCUCUCCACCAACCAUGGCCGCUCUCUCUCCCAGAAACUCUCCAGCCUGACCGCCCGCAGUCCUUGGUCUCGCUUCUCCCUCACCGACGCUGUCACAAACCUAUCUUCCCUGUCCUUGACCCCCCACCAGCUACAACUCCUUGGCUUCGGUCUUUCCUUUGUUCUCCGCCCUAACCUUCUUACCUCCAUCGCCAUUAUUUCUUCCUUUGACUGUUUCAUCUCUUCUCACAGGAACUCUUUGCCUGAUGUCUCUCUCCGUGGUGCUUUCAUCCGCCUCGAAUCUCUCCUCCAUCCUAACCCUUCCAUUCCCAGGUGUUACCGUCAGGCCCUUCAAAGCCUGCGCAGGGAGGACGUCACCAGUCUGCCUUCUGACAAGGGCAACUCGGUGGUGGUCCUCGACCGCGCCUCUUACCUACAGAAGGCCCAGGACCUGUUGGAUGACGCCUCUACUUAUGUUCCCCUGACCAGUGACCCCCGUGAACGCAUUGCUGCUACCUUCCACCGUUGCCUGAAAGACAUAACAGCCUGUUUUCCGGAGGUAAAUCUCUACCAGAGGUUCAAGGUCAUCAACCCUCGACUCCCUCAUUUCUGUGGGCUUCCUAAAUCCUAUAAGCCGGCCGUGCCUCUGCGCCCCAUCAUCUCCUCCCGGGAAUCUGUGACUCACCCUCUUGCGGCCUGGCUGGCGAAGUGUCUCACUCCCCUUCUUGGCACCUUCUCUCCUGCUCACCUUCGCCACUCUCAGGACUUCAUCUCCCGCGUUCGUGGAGGAUCACCGGCGACCAUGAUGAGCUUGGACGUUGACUCCCUGUUCACCAAGGUCCAACUUGAUGAUGUCCUUGCUUUCCUCCAGAGGAGUUCUUUGGAAUUCUUUGAGUCUGAGCUUUGCCCUUCCAUCUCCCUUCGGCCGUCGAUCUGGCUGAGGUGUGUCGACGACGUCUUUGCUCUCUGGCCUCAUGACCCUGCUCUGUUUCCGGGUUUCCUGAUGCAGCUGAAUCUCUCUCCUUCCAUCCGUUUCAAGGUGGAAUGGGAGGUUGACAACAAGCUCCCUUUCUUGGAUAACCUAGUCCAUCGCUCUGCUGACCACUUCUCCUUCUCCAUAUACAGGAAGCCUAUGCAUAGUGAUAUGUACAUAAACUUCAUCUCAUACCACCCUCUUCAUGUGAAGAGAGGUGUUGCCACCUCGCUGUUCCUUCGCGCCCUUCGCAUCUGUGACCCCCAGUACCUGGAUGGAGAGAUCGUCUUCCUUCGUCGCUCGUUCUCCAAACUGGGCUACCCUGGUCAUGUUCUCGACGCCGCGUUAUCCAGGGCACGGCGUACCUUCUACCACGACUCUCCUCCUAAAGAGACUCCUCACCUGCCCAUCCUCAGCCUGCCCUACACUGAGGAAAUCUACUCUCUCCGUCGCCCUCUUCACCCUCUCAACUGCAGGCUGAUCUUUCGCCUGGUGAACACUCUCCGUCGCAACCGUCCUUCUUCCUCGAAGGUGGGCACCUAUGCUGUUCCUUGUGCCUCCUGUGAUAAGCAGUACUUUGGUGAAAUAGGCGCCAGUCUUACCAAGCGUCUGUCUGAACUUAAGUACGCUGUAUCCAGGAAACACAACAAUAACGCCCUCUUUUGCCAUCACUGGGACACUGGCCAUCAGAUGGACUCAUCAGCAGCGCGGAUUGUCUUUCCUAACGCCGAUGUCCACUCCCGCAGACUGGUGGAAUCUUCCCUUAUAAAGCUGCUGCCUAAUUUCAACUUGAACAGCGGCUUUUCUCCUGCUGAUAGUCUCCUUGCUUCCCAUAUCCUUCGCCUUCUACCGUAUGCCGGCCACCCGGCGCAUAGUCCGCCCGAUCCUCCGACCUGA